AUGAUGUUAUGGAAUCAGAAAAUAGGUCCUAAUGGAAAACCUUUGUCGCCAUCCAGCAGGAUUCAUCAAAAGAUUCAACGAGUAGUAACAGCGAUCAUUGCUUGCUCUCCCUUUCUGUGGGUCUUUUCAUCCUAUUCCAAUAGGAGCAUCGCGUUGACCAGCAGUCUCCGUGAUCCAAAUAGAGGGAAAGGUGGACACCCCAUAGUCGAAUGCUCCAUACUGAAACAAUUUCAGAUUUGCUCUCAUCGGUUGCUCGAACCACCCGACAAUACAGUGGCAGGAUCCAUGGCAGCAAUGACAGCAUUUUGGAAUCGGGGCAUUCGAUGUUUUGACAUUGAUUCCGUCACCACCAAAGACAGUCAAUUGAUAGCAGCUCACCCUGAGAUACUUGGUCCCAAGAUCAGUCCAAAUUCCAAAUCCUUUGAUCCUGCAUCGUUUACCUUGGAGGAUAUGCGCAGUUUAGGUGCUGACGAAGAAGGCUUCCCAGUGCUCAUUACGGUCUUGGAGCACUAUGCAUCUCUGAUCAACAGUGAUGAAACAACCAAAAUACCGUACUUUUCGGAAAAUUCCCAAUAUGUGCGAGGUUCUUUGUUCCAUUUGGAUUUGAAGGGCCCAAAUCUCACACCAAAGCAUUUGGAUCAUAUCCAAGACAAACUACUGGAGCUCGGGAUACAGAACAAUGUAGCAAUCUGCGCUGGUGUACUGAAGGAUGGAGACGUUGGACCUGGAUUUGAUAUGCUGAAGCACCUAGGACGGAAUGCAUCUAGAGGAAGCAUGUGCCUAGUGUUGCGAGAUCGAGAAGAAAGGGAUAGAAAUGUUGCUAUGGUACACGAUGUUGUUAACAAUAACGAAGCUAUUCGCUCGUAUGCAUCCUCAUACAAGUUUGAGAAAGAGUUCUUCUCGCAGCUUCGAGGCAUGCCCAUUAUCACCUGGACCAUUGACAAUGAGGAGACUCUGACCUAUUCCAUUGAAAGCGGCGCUGCAGGGGUUGUUACCAAUCAUCCCAUGAAGCUUCAAAAGAUGCUUCAAGACUGGAUCAAGGGUAAUCAAUGCGUUGGAGGCUGA